CUUCCGAGCCCGGCUUCCCCGGCCGGCGGCGCGAUGGGCUGCGGGAACUCCACCGCCACCAGCGCGGGUGCGGGCCAAGUUAUUAAAUAGAUGGUGCCCUUUAAAUGAGGGACAUUUGAGGACAGAAGAAAUCGUGUGCUGACUUCCUUCUGGAAGGUAACACCUGGCAUCUGCCUUGGGCCUGCUGGGAUGUUAGAUGGUGAACCCAGCAGGGAAGAGGCCGAGAGGUGCCCGGAGCCUGGUGCGGUCAAGGUGAAGUGCAUGCAGGGUUCCUGGUGGCUGAUGAAAACAGGCCCUGCAGGAGCAGCUAAAGAUGUAACAGAAGAAUCAAUAACAGAAGAUGACAAGAGGAGAAACUAUGGAGGGGUGUAUGUUGGUCUACCAUCUGAAGCUGUCAAUAUGGUGUCCAAUCAAACAAAGACUGUGCAAAAAAAUUAGAAGAAAAUAAUAUCAUGACUCAAUAAUCGAGAGCCUGCUCAUCAAGAUCUGGAUGGAAUUUCUGCUUCGUGGGAUUUUGUAACAUGCACAGACAUUUCCAAGGAAACUCUAAACACCCCCAAAUUCUUAGUUUAUAGUUAAAACCAUGGGUACGUAUUGAGUGUUGUGAUGCUAGAAAGGAAUUGGUUAAACAUGUGUAUGGAACUUUCUGUGCUCCACCUGCGGAAGACAAGCUUACAAAGGGUUCUCGCCCAGCUGGCUGCUGUGCCCCAGCUGGGUUCUCACCCUGGCCAUCCCCACAGCUCAUGAAGAUCAUGUCUUUUCACUGAUACUUUUUUGAUAGUUUUUGUAUAACAAAAUCCUUCAUCUAUUUAUACCUGAAAAUAAUAAGGCACUAUCAGUGAAUUACCCAAAGUAAUAUAUUUGUCUGUUAUCUUUCACGAUUUCUACUUCAUGUUAAUUUUUAGCUGUAACGUGGUUAAAUUGAUUCCUACUCUUAUCUCUUCCCCUUUUUUACUAUUUGAUUUUUAGCUUUAUUUAAAUGUCAGAGGCGUUUCUUUAUUGGGAACCAGGUAUUACGUGGCAAUACUUAAACUGCUGAGAUUUGCAUGCUAUAUGUACCUUUCAAUUCAUUUCCUAUUUUCUUUCGUCAAAGGCUUAUGUAACUACAAAUACUUCAUAGCCAUUGAGUCUCCCAUUCUUCCUGUGUGUGAUCAGAGCAUCUCAUCAUGUUAACUCUACACUGUUUUCAAGGACUUGUCACUGAUGGUUGGUUGGAUAUUUGGAAAGGUCUUAAUCUGAUAGUGAUUGUGUGUAUCCGCUUAGUACUGCAAUGUAAAUCACUCCAUUUCCCAGUGUAUUUCAACCACUAAAACAUUUUUAUCCCUCUUUA